AUGCAUCUCCUUAUCCUCGGGGCAACGGGACGAACGGGUCUAUACGGGUAUAAAUAUGCUUUGGAACAAGGAUUCACGGUGACCAUCCUCGUCCGCAAAGCCGACGGAAUCGAACCCCAGGAGAGACUCACCAUCGUCGAGGGUUCCUCUUUGUCAGAGGAAGACAUGACGCGCGCAUUCAAGGCAUCCGGCGUCCCCGUAGACGCAGUUCUCGUCUUCCUCAACGCGCCACGCGUAGGCCAGAAUCCCUGGGGAAAGUUCCUCGGUCCGCCGCGUCUUAUCGCAGACUCGACUAAGAAUGCCGCCCAGGCUCUAAGACGCGCGCAAAAUGACGGCCUCGCAGCAAGUGGUGGCAGCAAACCUCGCUUGAUUGUGAUGAAUGCUCUAGGCGUCGGCGAGAGUUAUGCUGUUACGCCGUAUAUUGUUCGGUUCAUGAUUGCUUUUAGUAAUGUUUCUGAGUCUUAUAAGGAUCAUAAUGCGGUUAGUGAGGAGAUUGAGGAGGUUUGCGGGGAGGAUAUUGUUUGGACGCUUCCAUUGCCUGUGGGAUUGAAGGGGGGGUGGGUUGAACCCUAUCAAGACGUUUGGGAGUACUGA